GGGGCUCUGUCUCUCUCGUCAAAUCGCGGGGCAUUGUGGGGCGGAGGCGGCCUUUCUCUGCGUCCAGGCGGUCGGGAAAUCUUCAAGUAAAUAACGUUAACGGGGGGAGGAGCAGUCCGAGAGCAGCCUGCGAAAAACCCAACACACCAAAAUUGUGUUGCGCUAAGCUCAAAUUAUUUUUAAAAAAUCAUAAUAUUACACAAAUAUGGGGCAGGAGGAUCUCAUGAACACAGCCGAAGACGUGGCGGACCAGUUCUUGCGGGUAACCAAACAGUACCUGCCCCACCUGGCACGUCUGUGUCUCAUCAGCACCUUUCUGGAAGACGGCAUCCGCAUGUGGUUCCAGUGGAAUGAACAGAGAGACUACAUCGAGGCUACCUGGAGCUGUGGCUACUUCCUGGCUACGUGCUUUGUGCUGCUUAAUCUCAUAGGACAGCUGGGUGGUUGUGUCCUCAUCCUCAGUAGAAAUUUUGUACAAUAUGCCUGCUUUGGACUAUUUGGCAUCAUAGCGCUACAGACUGUUGCAUACAGCAUUUUAUGGGACCUCAAAUUUUUGAUGAGAAACCUUGCCCUCGGAGGUGGUCUGCUCCUGCUGCUGGCCGAAUCUCGUUCGGAAGGAAAGAGCAUGUUUGCUGGAGUCCCCUCCAUGGGGGAGAGUUCGCCAAAGCAGUACAUGCAGUUAGGUGGCCGAGUACUGCUUGUGCUCAUGUUCAUGACUCUGCUGCACUUUGACUCCAACUUCUUCUCUAUCCUGCAGAACAUGGUAGGAACCGCACUCAUUAUCCUGGUGGCCAUCGGCUUCAAAACCAAGCUGGCAGCGUUGACCCUCGUCAUGUGGCUCUUGGCCAUCAACGUCUACUUCAACGCUUUCUGGACCGUCCCGGCCUACAAGCCCAUGCACGACUUCCUCAAAUACGACUUCUUCCAGACCACCUCUGUCAUCGGCGGCCUGCUGUUGGUGGUGGCACUUGGACCCGGAGGAGUGUCCAUGGAUGAGAAAAAGAAAGAGUGGUAGGAAAACGGGGUUAAGAUAAAAGGAUUGCACAGCACCACUCACUUCCUCCACCAACUGGGACACAAGACCCUCCCUCUCCUCCAGUUCCCCCCACCAGGGUACACCAUUUUUGUUUUUUCUAGCAUAUUUUUUUAUUUAGCCAAAUCUACAGGCACCACCUCACCUAUCUUUGGAUAUUUUUUUUCUAUUUUCCUCCAAACUGCUGUUUUUAUUUUUUUGUUGAACAUAUAUAA